AUGUCUUCUGAAGAUUCUUUUAACAAACCCAUUAUACCUACGUCAGGAUCUGCCAGAUCUGUUAUGCAUAGACCAACGCCACCUCCAAUUCCGAUGGAACUAUCACAUCCUCCUCUACCCACUAUCAGAACGACAGAUGAUUUAUCUAACCUCUCAGAAAUGAAGCCAUUUGGGAAGCCGAAUCCUCCUGUUUUAACUAAAGCAUUAACAGACGUUGACAAUUUUAUCUCUUUGGAUCCGAAGUAUUUGAACAGAAGAAACGACUCUCUGUCUUCAGUCGAAACAAUUGAUUCCACGCGAGAUGAUAACAUUUCAAUACCUAAGGAAUUACCCAUUAGCGAAUCAAUGCAGCGUAGGCAGAAGGAAUGGGCAGAUCGUGGUGCUGCAAUGAUAGUGAAGGAUGUUCCGGAUAAGCAAACAGGGAAAAUCACAAAGCAAGUCAUCAAAAAGGGGAUUAAUGAUUUCAAAUUUGGAGAAACGUUAGGUGAUGGAUCUUAUUCAACAGUGCUGCUUGCAACUUCAAUUGAAAGUAAUAAAAAAUAUGCGGUCAAAAUUUUGAAUAAAGAAUACCUCAUCAAACAGAAAAAGGUAAAAUACGUUAAUAUUGAAAAGAAUACCUUGCAGAGGUUGAAGAAUACCAAAGGAAUCAUCUCUUUAUAUUUUACCUUCCAGGAUGAAUCCUCUCUAUACUUUUUGUUGGAAUAUGCACCAAAUGGCGAUUUAUUAUCUCUUAUGAGAAAGCAUGGUUCAGUCAAUGAAAAAUGUACACAGUACUAUGCAGCACAAAUAAUCGAUGCAUUAGGUUUCAUGCAUGACAAGGGAGUUAUACAUAGAGACUUGAAACCAGAAAAUAUCUUGUUAGACGUUGAUAUGAAAGUCAAGUUAACUGAUUUUGGUACUGCAAGGCUUCUAGAUAGUACUUCGGAGGAUGACCUUAAGUACGAUCUGUUGACAAGAUCUAACUCCUUUGUUGGCACAGCAGAAUAUGUAUCACCAGAAUUGUUGAAUGAUAACUACGUUGAUUUUAGGUGUGACAUUUGGGCAUUUGGUUGCAUUCUUUUCCAAAUGAUAGCCGGGAAACCGCCAUUUAAGGCGAACAAUGAAUAUUUGACAUUCCAGAAGGUAAUGAAAGUUCAAUUUGCUUUUACCGCUGGCUUCCCAAUGACUGUGAGAGAUUUGGUGAAAAAUAUUCUAAUUAAAAACCCAGAAAGAAGAUUGCUGAUCAAUCAAAUUAAAGCUCACCAGUUUUUCGCCGAUGUAAACUUCGGUAACGGCUCAGUUUGGGAUAAAGACCCCCCAGAACUUGGUCCAUACAAGGUUUCCGCCCGUGCUUUGCAAUCCUCGGUACCGAAGGUGGCCUCGUCUCCGGCUAUUAAUCCAAUUCAUGAACCUGUUCGACAAAGCUCAGUAUCACCGAAGAUAACCCCUAAAAACACGACAACAGCACAAAGGCCAAAUGGUGACACGACAUCCACCACAACAAAACGUGAGUUAGACCCUAGAACACAGCGGAUUUUGAAUAAUGUUAAAAAAGAAAUUUCUCAGCGGAACCACAGACGGGCUGCCCUUAAACCAUCACAACAAUACUCCGGCUCUCCAAGCCAAGGUGAUAUCACUCCUAAUCCUGCAACAGCAGCAGCAGCAGCUCUUCAGCAAAUUAAGCAACCAUUAAAUGAAACGACAGCAAAAUCUUCAACUUCUUCUGCGGGUUCUGGAAGAAGUCAAAGGAAACCUAGUGGCUCCAACCGCAGUGCAAGUACAAAUUCAUCAUCAUCCAAGUCUGCUCCUCCUUCAUCGUCUUCUAAUAUCAGAAAAAUAUCGUCCGAUUUAUCUCCAAUGAGUAAAUUAGAUAUAAUGUGGUCGUACUACUUAAAAAAUAUACAAGAACGUGUGAUAAAGAUGGGGGAGAUCAAUGUUACCACGCUCAAAAACCAAAGUCUUGAAGCGAAGAUUAGCAAGUCAAAGCUCUCCCUCUUAGAUGCAGACGGAAGGGUGCAGAAAAAAAAUACUCUACUGACUCAAGUUGUUAGAGGAGGCGGAAAUGUAACUGGCUUUCGUCAAGAGAACUCAAACUUGGUUGAGCAUGACUUUUAUAGUGAGUAUCUGAUUGAUCCUGAAAAUGUUGAAGCGAGCUAUCGUAAGCAAUCUGGCGCAGAUGAGGCUUCGCAUGAGGGUAUGUCAAAAUUGAAACAUUUCUUUUCAAAGGCACCUGAUGCACCUGCAGAAUUUAUCGCACAAUCAGAAUAUAUUAAAAGAAUGUGUGUAAUAACGACAUUCGGAAGGUGCCUUUUAUUUGCUAGAAAAAACAAAAUUAAUCAAAAUUCAAACCUUUUCUAUGAUCUAGAAUAUGAGAUAGAUUUGUCACAGUUAGGUGUUCGCAUAAAGGAGGUUGUACCAGAGAAGAAGACAAGUUCGAAAGAUAUCUUCGUUGUACAGACGCCAUUCAAAACAUUUGUAUUUCAAACGGACGAAUCAGAUACCCUGGUAUGGUUGCAUUCCCUAACUUCAGCGAUUAAAAGCAAAAAUGAAAGAUUCACUAAUAAUGAAACAUCAAUCAAUCCCAUUGCUAACAAAGCGGCAUUACUAGCUGAGCAGGAAGCCGAAACACAACUUAAUGGGUAUAAAACUACAAAAACUCCUUUCCUCACUAAAAGAAGGUCCAGUUUUACCUCACAGAGACAAAAACAAAACAAUAACGGGAAGCUGGGUACAAGACCAAUAUCAAGUGGAUCUAGAAUGCUUUCCCGGAGCGAGCAAAUCUUUAGAACAAACAAAUGA